UUAAUCCGCCCCCUUAAGUACCCAUAGGGCGCGCCUCGUUCAAUCAUCUUAAUUACAAAUGCUUAAUUACUUUUAAGUUGAUCGAAAUCAAUCGAGCUAGACUGCUAGCGGCGACGCUUCUGGAUCCAUGUCGGGAGACGACAGCAGCGACCCGCAGCGUCCGAGCUCCGGCGGCGGCGGCGGCGGCUAUGGCGGGCUGGGCCCGUCGGGGUACACGGCGGGAGUGGCCGUGCUCGUCAGCCUGCUCCUCAUUGUCGCUCUCGUCAGGCUCCUCCGCUACGCCAUCCGCCGCUCCUCCAAGCCCCCCGUCCAGCACCCAGCUGCCGCUGCCGCUGCCGGUGCUCCUAGCGCGCCGUUGGAGGUGGCGGUGGAAAUGGCGGCGGCGGUGGCGCCGGCGGCGGGGGUGUGCGUAGCGACGUACAGGAGGAGCGACGGGUGGCGGGAGGCGAGCUGCCCGGUGUGCCUCUGCGACUUCGCCGACGGGGAGGCGCUCAGGGUGCUCCCGGCCUGCAUGCACUACUUCCACGCCGCCUGCGUCGGCGAGUGGCUCCACCGGAACGACACGUGCCCACUCUGCCGCGCUGCGCCGCCGCCGCCGGAGCCACCGCAGAUGCCAUCGCCGGCGGUGGCUCCGACGGCGUGACGGCGCUUAUACUGGAAGCAUUAUAUUUUUUGGGGGUGGGAUUCAAAGUUUCAGACGAACAAAUGAU